AUGUAUUCCUCCUCUAACUCGUUCCUGGGCGGUUCGAAUAGUGCCCGCCCAGGCGCGGGUUUUGGACAGCAACAGUCAUUUGGCUCGUUCAAUCAAGCUCCUCAACAGCCAUCGCCGUUUGCUCCCCAGCCUACCGGCUACCCCGGACAGUUGCAGUCACAGCAGACCGGCUUUCCAGGACUUGGGCCGCCGCAGAACUUCCAAGCUCCGGCACAACAGCCACAAUUUACUGGUUAUCCUGGCCAAAUCCAAGGCCAGCAGUCUCAAUUCCAGCAAGCACCGCAGCAGCCUCCUCCUUUCCAGCAGCAGCCCUCUUUCCAAAGUGCUCCCGCUCCUCAACAGCCGCAGCAGCAACAGCCACCUCAAGUAGCUCCGAUUCGCCCCCAGCAGACCUCUACCCAGAUUGCGCAGUCAUUCAAUCCAGGGGCUUCGAGUACGCCUCCGUCAAACAGGGGCCAGAGCCAGAGUACGAGCAGGAUUCCGAACAUAAGGCUGUCAUUCAUUACUGCUACGGAUCAGGCAAAAUUUGAACAGCUGUUUAAAUCAGCAGUUGGCGACGACCAGGCGUUGAGCGGAGAAAAAGCUAGGGAUCUUCUUCUGAGAUCUAAGUUGCCAGGCAGCGCACUGUCACAAAUAUGGAUAUUAUCGGAUACCACAAAGUCCGGGCAGUUGCUGUUCCCAGAAUUUGCGCUGGCAAUGUACCUGUGCAACCUCAAAUUGACCGGGAAAGAGUUGCCAUCUGUCCUCCCCGAAAAGAUCAAGAACGAGGUGUCGAGUAUGGUAGAUAUCAUUUCAUUUGGCGUUCCUGAUGCGCCCAUCAGACAAAAUGCAGUGUCUCCACCUGCUCCUCAAGCUCCACGACCACAACAGGCGUCUAACCAACAGCUGUUGUCGCAGCUUACUUCGCAGCCAACUGGUUUCUAUAAUCAGGCGACGGGUUUUCAACCUGGGCUUCAAGCCCAACCUACCGGCUUCCCAGGCCAGCAGCAAGGCCUUCAACCCCAAGCCACGGGAUUCCCGGGUGCUACUGGAUAUACCGGCCCACGUCCACCCCUGCCACCCAUGCCUACUGGAUUCACGAACAACAUGUCACCUCAGCAAACAGGCCCUUUGCAAGCCCAACCUACCGGCUUGCCAGGGCAGUGGGGCUUUGUGAACGCGCCAGCUACGGGACUUCCGAACAUUGAGGCUUUGCGCCAACAGUUGAUGCCUCAAAUUGGCCGCGAGGGUGGUUUCACUACGCAGGGACUGGCAGGCUCUGCCAAGAUUCCUUGGGCUGUUACAAAGGACGAAAAGCGAAUAUACGACGAAUUGUUCCGCGCUUGGGACGGCUUGGGCAGGGGCUACAUCUCAGGAGAUGUUGCUAUUGAAAUCAUGGGCCAAAGUGGUCUCGAGCGGGGGGACUUGGAAAGCAUCUGGACCUUGUCUGACCCUAACAAUAAAGGCAGGCUCAACAUGGAUGAAUUUGCCGUGGCAAUGCACUUGAUCUAUCGCAAGUUGAAUGGAUAUCCCGUGCCAAAUCGCCUUCCGCCAGAAUUGAUUCCACCCUCGACCAGGAACUUCAAUAAUUCCAUUGACACCGUCAAGUCUUUGCUCUCGCAAGAUGCUGAAACUAGGAAACAAACAGGCGCAUUCUUGCAGCCCCAGAAGACAGGUGUCAGUUAUCUGAAAGAUCGCUCUUUCCGAGCGGGUUCAGCCUCUCCAAGUUUCGGACGGAAAGAUGCCACUGUGUUUCGCAACAAUGAUGAUGAUAUCGGCUAUCGAUCCAGCGCAAGACGCCGCAUUGGUGCCGGCGGGAGGACCCCGUCACCUGCUCAGUCCUCAGACGUCUCCGAGAGUGCCUAUGACGAUAUGACACCAGAUCAGAUUAGGAAGAAGAUUCGAGAGAAGAAGAUUCUUUUGGACGCAACAGACUUUCAGGAUGAGCGUCAAGCUGAUGAUGAUGACGUCCUGGACCGUCGGGAUAGACGCGAGGCAGAGGACCUUUUCAAGCAGAUUCGCCGCAUCCAGGACGAUAUCGAUACACACCCGAAUUCGGGAUUUGGUGGUUCAGACACUGGAGCUGAAAGAAGAUCCAUGCGUAGAGAACUACAGAAAUAUCAGGAUCGCCUUCCAGCACUUGCCUCAGACGUUCGAAAGGUCGAGAAGAGUAUUGCAGAAGCUAGGCUGCAGUUGUUCCGCCUGAAGGAUGCCAAGGCUCAUCCAAAUAGCGCCUCUAACAUCGUCGGCACAGGUCCUGGUGGAGCAGUCACCGAGGCUGAUCGUAUCAAGGCCAGAGCAAGAGCGCGGAUGCAGGCGAGAGCAGCAGAGCUAGCAGGACGACCUGCUCCAACGACGGAUGAUGAAGGAGGUGCCCAAAGACGUCUGGAACAGGAAACUUCCAAGGUCAAAUCCGAGCAGGAACGACAUGAAGCUAUGACCCGAGACGUUGAAGAUAGUGUCAAAGACUUUGUCUCCAGUCUGGAAGACGGCCUACGCGUCGAGGGUGAAAGCGCCACCCAGGAACAUGAACGGAGACGAUGGGAAGAAGCUUUGGGUGUGGAAGACGAAGUCAAAGAACUGAUCUAUGACUUGCAAAGGAGUAGCAGGACAGCCAAAGUCCGCAAAGAAGAGCAAACGCGCGCUGCUCCCCGAGCUUCUGCAGAUUACGGUCGCGACGAACCAAGACACACCAACGGUAGCCUGCCAAGUCGUCCCGCCCCUUCCACCACCACUUCAUCGUCAUCUUUGACUGUCGGUACAUCACCUCAGGAUCGAGUCGCUGCUGCCAAGGAGAAAGCUUUGAAGCGUAUCCAAGAACGCAUGGCUGCAGCAGGCAUCAAGCCGGCUGGGGAUUCCGGAGAGACACUUCAACAGCGUCAAGAGCGCGAGAAACAGGAACGAGCGGAGCGUAUCCGAAAAGCGGAAGCAGAAGAUGCCAAGCGUGAGCAAGAGAGGCAGCAAAGACUGGCGAACGAGGGAGUUGCCCCUCCGAGUCCUAAAUCUGCAAAAAAGCCUCCUCCCCCACCUACUCGAAAGCAGCGACAGGAGAGCUAUGAUCUCUCUGACCGCAAAGCACAUGAGGCGGCAGCACAGCAAAAGGCUAGAGCUGAGGAAGAAGCAGCCGCACAGAUCAGGGCCGAGCAAGAGGCACAGGAGCAAGAGCGCAAGAGAUUAGAGGCGCAAGCCAAAGAGCAGGAAAACGACUUGGAAAAGGAGCGUCAAGCCGCGCAAGACCGUUUACGUGCCUUGGAGGAACAAGUCAAAGCUGGCAAGAUCAAGAAGCAAGAAGAGAAAGCUCGUAAAAAGGCGGCCGAAAAAGAGGCCAAGGAGAAAGAGGCCAAGCUAGCUGCUCAGCGAGCUGAGCUUGAAGCCGCUAGAGAGAGAGAACGGCAAUUGCAAUUGCAGCUUGAGAACUUGGGUGACUCUUCUUCCGACGACGAUGAGCCAGAACAGGUCACCCCACAGGAGAGCACACCGGCCACAAGUCAAGUCCUGACAAGCUCGAUCUCGUCACCUCCGCCUAUGGCACCUCCUCCCCCGGAGCCGUCCACAAGCAGUGGCUAUGAUGCCAGCCCCCUUUCCAGCCCUCCAGGAGAAGAGUCAAAGAACCCUUAUUUCAGGAAACUCUCCCAACGUUCAGAAGAUGCAACGCCUGUCUUUUCACCACCACCAGUCCCCCAGAGUCAGCCCUUUUCUCCGCCAGCUGCAGCACCACCCCCAGCUCCAGCGGCAGACCUACCAUCUACCAAUCCUUUCCAUCGGAUUGCUCAACAGGAGGCUACCAAGCCGCUGACGCCCUCAUUCACUGGUGCUCAAUCAAGGCGUCGCCCGGAAGAGGACGAGUGGUCAGCCGCUGGGUCUGACAAGGACGAUGACAGCGACAACGAGGACGACCCUCCGGCAGCUGGGUCAGCCAAACAUCUUGCAUCCAUUCUGUUUGGCACCAUGGCACCACCCCGGCCACUUUCAGCCAUGGAUAGUAAAGACAGCAAACCUGCUACGCCUGUCCAGGAACCUCCACCUGUUCCAGGUGCCUUUGAGGCUCCGCCCGCACCGCCACCACCAAUGCCAGACAGUGGUGCACCAUCGGCAGCUCCUCCUCCUCCCCCAAUGCCUAGCUUUGGGGCACCAAGCGCACCACCACCACCUCCUCCUCCUCCGCCAAUUCCGAGCGGUGGUGCGCCUGAUAGUGCCCCUCCACCCCCGCCAAUGCCCGCGCCAGCCCGCACAGGCACCGGAGAUAUUGGGGCCCUUCUAGGAGAGAUUCAAAGAGGGAAAGGGCUAAAGCACACGGAAACAAAGGACCGAAGUGCUAGUUCUGUAGCUGGAAGGGUGCUGGAUUAG